GAAGUAUACACGACAAGACAGCUGCGACAGUUUCGCAAUGGCGGAGAACGAACCCACUGUGCUUCGCAAGGAUCAAUUAGAAAUAAGCCUGCACAAUGAGAAGAAAUUGAUCAAGGAGGGGACGAUCAAGGACGACAACCCACUAGAUCUCAGUCAACCGUUCGAGGAAUUAUGCAAUGCUUGUCGACAGGGUGACUUGAAAGUGUGCCAGGAGAAAAUAACAGAGGGUGUCAAUGUCAAUGCCCGCGACCCUUACGACUAUACUCCAUUGAUUUUGGCUAGUCUUUGUGGACACUUUGAAGUGGUGCGACUUCUUCUCGAGUCGGGUGCGUUGUGUGAACGAGAUACAUUCCAGGGCGAAAGGUGUCUAUAUAACGCUUUAAACGAUCGUAUACGGAACUUGUUGCUCGAAUACGAUUAUUCCAAGUCGACCGACCCGCUUCAACCGCUCGCUGCCCAUAUCUCUUCGCUUCUUGUUCGUGACCAGCCUGUUACCUCAGAUAUUGUCGUCACUGCGGAUGACGAGUCUCUUCACCUGCAUAAGUUCAUACUGGCAGCACGGUCUCCUUAUUUUCGUCAAAAACUGGCCGCUGCUCCUGACAGUACAACAUGGCGACUUCCCAGUCACAUUCCACCACAAGCCUUUGUGGCAGCAAUAAAAUAUCUAUAUUUGGGAGAAGCCCCUCGUGAAUUGCGGAGUGGACCAGGAACAGGGUUUACCGAGUCAGAGGUCUUUGCAGGAAUCGAUAAGAUUGCGAAACACCUUGAAAUGCAAAGUCUCCUAGACAGUAUGCUCGAUAGCGGGGACCGGAGAAUGGCUAGACAACGGAGAACCAUUGAGAUCUCUCGAGGCCGGGAUCACCUUGAGGAGUGGUUCCGGGAGAAUGUUCUUCGGAAUCGGGUUGUGGUGGAACCAUCCAAAGCAGACCAGGUCAAAUGGGACCGCAACAAUGCGGUUUUCGCGGACAUCUUGCUUAGGGCUGACGAGCUUCCGGAGGGGUUGGAGGAAAAUACCAACGAUGUCGAACAGCAGUCUGAUCAGAAUGAUGACAAUGUUCAGAAAUCGACCUUAUUCCCUUGUCAUCGAGCGGUGCUUCUGCGAUCCGAGUUCUUUCAUGCCAUGUUCUCUUCUGGUUUCCGUGAGGCGCAUGUUUCAGAUCAUCUUAAGAUAAUUGAUGUGGACUGUUCUCCGGAAGUCCUCGAGAUUGUCCUUGCCUUCCUUUAUACGGAGAAGACGGAUUUCUCGCUCGACGUUGCGGUAGAUGUUCUGUUUGCAGCUGAUAUGCUAUUUAUCGAGAAGUUGAAGACAAAGGCUGCGGUUGUGAUCAGUACUCUUGGAAGCGGUAACAUGUCACAGGCAGAGGCUGCGAGAACACGAGGCGGAGCGGAAGAGGAUGAACUUGAUAUCUAUUCCAUCGUCCGCGCUGCUUGGCUGACCCGGGUUCAGCGCCUGGAAGAAUUCGCGGCUCGAUAUCUAGCAUAUCGACUAGAAGCCCACAUCGACACUCCUGAGUUUGCGGAAUUGAUUGAAGAAUCGGCCUUCAGGGUCCAAGGAAGACAGGAGACCGACACCAUUGAAAUGCUGGAUGACAUCCGCUUUUACCUCGGAGAGCGUUUCCGGUUGAGAUUCGACGACGCUGGUGUCCAGGAAAUGAUGGAACGAGAGGUACAAUCAAAGAACGUUGAAGUCGAUGCUGCUGAAGACGUGAGCAAGAUCACGGAUGGUGUCAAAACGCUUGAAAUUCCGAAAACUGCAGAGAAGGGGGCAGAUGUUGCUCAAGUAGCAGCACACAAACAACCUCAAGAAGGACAAGAAGUUCCAGAGUUCGAAACAUUGGACGGUGAAGUUACGAACGAUGAAUUCUCGAAGGAUGCAAUCAACUACCAGAUCCUCAUGGACAAGCUGGACCAGUUGCUCGGGAACCUCAACUUGGAGGCGUGAUUAAGGCCGCUUCAACCAUAUAUAUAUAUAUAUAUAUCAGAAUGCGGUAUCAAAAACAACCAGUAUAUAUACACGAGCUCAAUGACUAUAGCAUGACAUACUACAUCAUAUUUUGGGUAUUUUCAUGUUGUCCUUUUGGUUCGCUUGAUGGAACACGAAGACCUGGCUACCCAGAAGAGCGAGUACGUAUCUUUCUUGCAUCCAGAGGAUGAUGCUGCCGGUUGUUGUCUGCUGCUUCUACUUUUGGUAUAUCAACGCAUAGGGUCCAGUUGUUUUGUGAAUGACUAGGGAUGUGUGAACACAUACGCUGCCAGCUCUUUCUCAACUUACUCUCUACAAAAAGC